UUAAAUUUUACGUCAUCAAAGCAUGUGCUUAAGAAACUGCGCCUGUCGUAUUCUGCACGUACACAAUUUGUGUAAUACGUCACAGGCGCUUAGUAACCCUUCGCGGCGUCUCAAGUCUUUGGGAGAUAAACCGAGAUGGGUCUGUUGUCCAUCCUGCGUAAGCUGAAGAGCUCCCCAGAUCAGGAGGUGCGCAUCCUGUUACUGGGCCUGGACAAUGGCGGCAAGACCACCCUUCUAAAGCAGCUGGCAUCUGAGGACAUCAGCCAUAUCACCCCCACACAGGGUUUUAACAUCAAGAGUGUUCAGUCUCAGGGCUUCAAGCUGAACGUUUGGGACAUCGGAGGGCAGAGGAAGAUCAGGCCCUACUGGAGGAACUACUUUGAGAACACAGACAUGCUUAUUUAUGUCAUUGACAGUGCUGAUCGAAAGAGGUUUGAUGAAACUGGACAGGAGCUGGCCGAGCUGCUGGACGAGGAGAAGCUAAGCGGCGUCCCGGUCCUGAUCUUCGCCAACAAGCAGGACCUGCUGACGGCGGCUCCGGCCUCCGAGAUCGCCGAGGGCCUCAACCUGCACAUCAUCCGGGACCGACUGUGGCAGAUCCAAUCCUGCUCCGCCCUGACCGGAGAGGGCAUCCAGGAAGGCAUGAACUGGGUCUGCAAGAGCGUCAAUGCUAAGAAGAAGUAGAAUCCUUCCUGUCUUCACUUGCGUUUCUCUCCGAAGGGACAGGCCACUGAUUGUACAAAAAUGAAACCAACGCGGAGCUCAUGGACAUUAAAGAAUUCGACCAGCUUUGAGCAAGGAUGAAACAAACUUAACCUCAGCUUGUCAGUCUCGGACCAUUUCCACCCCUCUCCCCAUCCCAUCCCCUCCCAUUCGUCAUUCCUUUUGGUCUAGCCAGGUACUAAUCCCAAAAGUAACAUUCCUGCACCCACCCCACCCCUCCUCCCCACACACCCAUUGCCUUCCCCCUCUACAAUAUAGUACAUCUUCAGACUCCUGUGGUACUAGUCUGAUUACUGCUGAUGAAACAUAAAGACCAUCUUGGUGUUGGAUUCUUUACUUUUUUAAAACAAUCUCUAUCUUAAGUGCUCAUAGCGCAGUCUUUUUUUUCUUUUCUUGUGCCCACUAUUUUGUGACAUGUCUGUUUGCAGUUUUCCUGUUUCAGUAAAAAGAUUAUUUUUUUGUAACGGUGUCUUCGUGGUGUUAAAGUAACAGGGAUGAAUGUGCUUAAGUAAAUGGAGCGUCUUCCUUUAGUGGGAAACGUGGAAGUGGUAUAUUUCCUGGAAGUAAUAUCUGGACUGAGGAAAAUAUUUGAAAUUUUAAAAUAUGUAAUAUUACAGAUAUGUAAUUACACCUUGAGUGAUUUCCAGUAUACCACGUUGAAUGUAUCUUAUGGUGCAUUUCGGUUUACAAUGUUUGGAAUGUAUAAAAUGACAAAUAUGGAAAGUGAUAAUUAUUGAUAUUAAUAGGUACUGCAUUUCUUGAACCCUGUUUGUAUUCUGAAAUUAUUCCUCACAGAGAUACGUUUUACAUCGUAACAUGAAGCACUUUUUGGAUGAAUUCUGAGAAAUCAUUCUCACGUUUGUCUAAGAAUAAGAAUGGAAGCAAAAAAGUAGAGUGUCCAGUUCAGGAGUUUUGGUUCCUUUCAGCCAAGCCUACAUUGGCUAAUAAGUUAAACACUGCGGAAUAUUAUUUUUUGUUAUACAUGAAUCUGUAUUUAACAAGAAUAUUACACAAAUUGUUUGAAAUUGAAAACCAUUCCAUUCUAUUAUGGUUUUUUAUUUAAAAUUGUUCCUUGCUUUUA